AACGAAACGGAAAUUACUAAAAUUGAGGAGAAAAAAACCCACCAAGAACGGCUAUUCCCGAAAGACUAUUGACUAUAUUUACAACACCAAGAACGUAUUCAGACAACAAUAAAUUAAAAGGUGUCCACUUUGAUCUCUCCAAGUCGACUUAUCUGAAACAGAACGGGGAGAACGUAUAUUAAUAUAUUAACGAACGGUAAGUAAAAUUACUGUCGACUGUAAACCUGCAUCAAGUAGGCUCAAGUCUUACUUUGUAUUAGGUAUUUUGAUACAGUUAUUCAGUUACAGUUUGAGAAUCGGACGGCGUAGUUAAGAGAAAACUCAAGUCCAAGUCAAUGCUCAGAUGUAGACAUGACAUUUGAUGACAUAUUUUAUUUAUUAUUUAUUAAUAUGCCCAAUAUUUUUAAUGCCGUUUAAAGAUUGUCCUGAAAAAUGUAGGCCUACAAUUUAAAUCAGUUAGUGUUAGUAAAAUUUAAGUAGGCUAAGUAAAGAAAGCUACAUUUUAAGUUGCAGUUUAGUUAAAUUAUAUUUUAUUUUAAAUUUUUAAUAGAUAGGCCUUGAUUACUUGAUUUGACUUUGACAAGUGACAACCAGCCGAACUGACUUAACUGACUACUACCACUAGAUUCAUAGAUUAUAGAUUCAAAUACACAGUUUUCUUUUAUAAUUUAUCAAAUAUCAAUCAAUUAAAUGUAUUAUGACUGAUUACUGAUAUUGACUGUUGACAAUUGACAACAUGACUGAUAUUGACAAUAUUGUAAACAACAUCCAUAUAAAUAUGAAACAGACGUACACACAGAUUGCCAAUAACAAUAAUCUAUCACUAUCACUCAUUGAUCGUCUCUAUCUGAAAAUGAAUCAAACACAAAUACAUAAAUAAUAUAAUUCAUAUAAAUAUAAAAUAUUGUAUGGUCUAAGUCUAAUUAAAUUAUAGUUUUUAUAGGCUUCUAUACCAGUACAUAUAUAUUGCAUGAUAGGCAUCCAUUGCCACAGUAGUUAGGCCUUAAGACUUAUACAUGAAGAUGCUAGUCAACUAGGAUUCAGGAUACAAUUAAUGUUUUGAAAAGAAACAAAUAUCUGAACAUUCAAGUCAUUCAUGAAAUUAUCAUCCCCUUUCCAGCGGGGCACUUUAUUUGAAAAGAAUUAUAAGCCUAAAUUAUUAUUUUAACACUUUUAAAAAUAAAUAUAAUUAAUAAAAGUAGUCAACUUUUAGCAUUUUAGCAGUUAUAUUUUUGUGCUUGCCUCAAUGAUAGGAUUUUUAGAUGUCUGUCUGUCUCUUGACCAGACUGUCUUAUACUUGAGCUGACUACCCAAUGUUGAAACUAUAAGAAGUAUAAGACAUAUACUAACUGAUAUAGUAUAUAGACCUAUGCCUGUUUAAAACUCUCAGACACUUGCUUUGCUGUGAAGCCUUGGGGGAUAGGAGAGUUUUCAAUAUUUUUGGAAAAGGGAACUGGCAACAUUACUUAAUUUUGAUUGCCAUUAAUUUUUAGAAGUGUAAAAUUAAUGAUACUGUAUAGUGGGGGAUUUUUGUUUGUAUUAUUUUUAAAAAAAACAAAAAAAAUACUGAUUGUGUUUAUAUUCCAUAAAAAUUCCCAGAAAUGCAAAUAAACUCCAAAGCCAAUGACUAUGUCAAGGAAAGGGGAAACGUUCAACAAUGGAUUCGAAGCAGAGUUGAUUACAGAUCAGAUGACUUACAAAAGCCCUAUACUUUUGUCAGAGACACCAGCCAUCAUGAUUGUCAGCUGCCAGCCAUUGAAGCUCUGAAUCUGCUACUUAAGGAUUUAUAUCAAAGGAGUUCUCUUGAUCAGGAUAUGAUUGAUGAUCUGGAGAGGGCUCAAGUUCUCAAUUGGUGCCCGAGAGCUAUAAAGCUAAAGGCAGUAACCACUCCAAGUAAAUACAGUGUUGUAUAUAAUACUCUAUUAAAAAGUGUUAAAAACUUUCAAUGUGAUAAAUUUGUCUAUCAAACUUUCUGUAGUUAGAUAUAGCUUUUAUGUCACUGAAAUGAGGGGCAUAUAAUUAAUAUUACGUGAAUGGCAGCAAAUUAUAUAAAUAUUCUUUUGUGUCUAUUUAAAUUAAAGGAGAUGGCAAUUGUCUUGUGCACUCAGUGUCUCUUGCUAUAUGGGGUGUGGAAGAUUCCACAAAUGUUUUGAGAGACCUCCUCCUGAUAACUGCAAGAAAUGAUUUUCAUAAUCGCUUUAAGAAGAGAUGGGAGCGUCAACAUUUACAGGACUUAAGUGCUCUUGUCACAACUACAUUGUCAGUAAGUAUAUCAUUUAAAAAAAUAUUUUUACCUUCGUAUAACAGACUCUGGAGCCUUUUUUUUUUAAUUAAAAGAAAUUUUAAUUAAAAAGGUGAAAAAUAAAGAUAUUACAUGUGGAAUAAAAUAUAAUAAAUUGUAUUUUUUUUUUUUACAAAACUUGCAGUAUAAGAAAUAUGAUUAAAACUUUGUUUCCAUGUAAUGAACUCCUUUAAAAUUCUUUUUAAUAGAAAUAUCUUUCAAAUCAUUUUCACAGAUUAGCGAUCAAGAAUGGGAGGACGUUAUUCGCAGUAUAAGUAACAUGGGUUCAACUGCCAUGUGUGCUGCUGUACCUCACCGAUUUCUAGAAUCUGUUCACAUUUACAUCCUGGCCAACAUCUUGAGACGCCCUAUCAUUGUCGUUACUGACAGCCUCGCCCGGUCACUCACAGGGCAAAGUCUCCAGGCGAACAACAUCGGUGGAAUUUACCUGCCUUUGGAAUGGGAUCCUGUUGAAUGCUGUAAAACACCUAUUAUUAUUGGAUACAGUUUGAGUCAUUUUUGUCCACUGAUCUCAGAGCUUACGGAUCCCACUAAAGCAAGGGAAGAAUCUGUGUUUCUGUUUCCUCUGGUUAACAAAGAUUUAAGCUUUCUCCCCAUUCGCUAUCUUACGGAGGAAGAAGAACGCCAGGCUUGGGACCUUGUGCAAAAGUUCUUUAACAUGAAAGAGUUGGAGGUAGCAGGUGAAUCCCUCCCUACAAAGAUUCCAUGUGCCAGAAUGGUGUUCAAGCCUUUCGAGAUAAACCUUUUCAAUGAACAUUUGAAGCUUUGUGAACAAAGGUGUGCUGCUGUAAUGCAGGCUGGAAAUGCUAACAGCAAACAGCCUGCCACCAGGAAUGCCAAAGACCAAUAUUUUCAGAUUCAGCUUAGCAGCCAGACAGAGCUGGUGCGGAUGCCUUUGAAGUCAAGCUCACAAGAAAAUGCAAGACUGGGGCCGACUGUCAAAAACAACUGUAUCACAAAAGGAUGUUUCAAUGUGGGAGACCCAAACCAAGGAAACAUGUGUGACACGUGUCUGAGAAACUUUACAAUUGCUGAGGCUGGUAGAGAACUGAUUUCACUGCAAGAUGGAUCUUUACAGUACUUUGCUAUUGAUGUCCCAUGCAACAACCCAAAUAAUGAAGCUACAGCUGCAACUCAAAUUGAUCAAAUAGUAAGUUCAGUGAUCCCAACUGCUCCACCACCAUCUGGUGUCUAUGCAUCUGAACCAGAGGUCCCCCUGUCCAUGUUGAAUGACAGGUGCAUCAAGAAAUGUGGUUACAGGAGCUCCUCUCAAACGGCCCCCUAUUGCCAUCAAUGCUUUCAGCUGGAACAAAAUAAAAGACAGCAGAGGGAGCAAGCUGUGGAGCCGACAGCUCCAGUUGAAUCCAUGAUAAUAGGGGAGGGGAAUGUUUUCAUUGAAUCGGAGCUGAACAUACAAGAUGAAGACAUAAUUGCCAUGAAUUCUUCAAGCUCAGGGGAGAGCUCUUAUCUCCCAUCAUCAAUAUCUGAUAUUUUGAAACAGAAAGACAUUACUGGUACAGAGAUCACAUGGACAGAAGGGGGAAAUAUUUACUCUUUAAAGACCCCAUCAGCGGGUCAUGGACCUACAGCAUCUCUCUGUGAAAGAUCUUACUCAAAGUUGGAUGAGCUGUUGUGUAAGAGAACUGGAUGUGAAGGUGUCAGACUUAAAGAGAAGGAUUUCUGUCUGAAAUGCUCCGAGGAGUUACCUACCAGUGGGAAAUUACUGAGCCAUGUAACCCCUAUGACAAGUGAAGCUAAACCUUCCUCUGCUUUUCCAGAAACUAUCACUUGCAACAAUAAUGAGGACAUAGAAAUUUCAGCUGAACUCUCUGUGCGUUGUGCGUACCAAAACUGUGAGUCUCCGGUUAAAUUACCGAAUAAGCUUUGUAAUAAAUGUCAGGAAAUUCUGAUUGAACUUACUAAAAGACAACCAGUCGUAGGAGAGAAAACCAGAGAAAAUGUUCUUGAGCCUCAAGAACCCACAAAGGAAAGUGUAAUGUAUGGGACCAGAAACACUCAGUCCACAUUACAGAAUAACCUAAGUGAAGACAUUCGGUUACAGAAAGAAUUGCAAGCCCCUGCCAGCCCCUGGCUUAAACCAACAGAAAUGGGCCAUAAAAUUAAUGACGUUCAGAAGGAAAAAGAAAGAGCAUUGAAUGAGUCCAGCACCACCCAGCCUGCUUUCAGGCACACAUUUAAUAAAAUUGAUGACAUGCAGAGAGAAAAAGAAAGAGCAUUGAAUGAGUCCAGCACCACCCAGCCUGCUUUCAGGCACACAUUCAAUAAAAUUGAUGACAUGCAGAGAGAAAAAGAAAAGCAAACUCUUGAGCUUAAACCUAAAGAUCUCAGGGGUAAAUCUACUGACCUUCAGAGGGAGACAGAAAGACAUACGCAACAGUCCAGCAGUACUCAGUCUAAAUUUAAGUUUGAAACUGAAAAUCUCUCCCGUAGAAGUUCUUCCUUGAGCCCAAAAGCCACCAGUAAAAUGGUUCUGUCGUCUAGAGGAAAGCACUGUAGGAUAAGUGGAUGUCAGAACUAUGGUGACCCUACAGAGGAUAACAUGUGUAGCUCCUGUUACAGGAAAAGCCUUAAAAGCCCAUUCCCUACACCCAGGCAUUUGGAGAGCAGACAACUCAUCAACACAUCAGCACAACAUGUUACCCGCUCGAGUGAACCGGCAAUUCACCUAGGCAGUGGAGCUAAUAAAUAUGGCACUUCUGUUUAUCAAAGUAGCAGUCCGCCAAAUGAGAACUAUCUCACUUCGCUGGCUACGAGCAAGGCACCCUACAGAGGAGCUGAAACUAGAGAAUAUGUCAUGGCAAAAGUUAAUUCAACAUUAUCAAAAUAUGAGCAUGAAAGCAGUCCUAGUUUUAAUGAAAGCCGACCUAGUUUUAAUGAAAGCCGACCUAGUUUUAGGCACAAUGUUGUUACCAGUAUGUCAAGCUUUGCCUCACAGUACGGCACCCAGGAACAGCCCAGCCCAGAUCUCCGGGAGGCAGAUCAGAGGUUCAAUCAAGCGUAUGAGAAAACUGUCAGGAAAGGUGAGCAAGCCAAAUGUAAGACGUUAUAUUGUGAUCACUAUGGCAAUCCCAAGAAACAAGGAUACUGCAAUGCUUGUUACAACAUAUACCAACAACAAAAAGCUUUGGAAACUUAUGGAGAAGAUGUUCCUGACAAAUUGAAAUAGAAUUUAAAAGGUCAUAUAUUUCUGUAUUUAAUUAUCUAUCAUUUCCCAUUUUUCAAAUCCAUUUAUCAUUUCUUUUGCUUAGGAAACAAAUCUCUGUAAAUAUCAUAAGUUACCAUUUAAAUUGUUUGAUUUUCAAUGUUCAAUUAACAUUUGCAAUUAUUCUGCUGGAGAGGGGUCAUCCAUAAAGCAUGUCACACUAUAUUUUAAUACAUUUUUUUACACCUCACCCUCCACCCCAAUCACAAAUUGUAACAAAUCUCAGAACAACACCCCCCCCCCCCGGCCAAAGCUUGUCACACUGUAGAACCAAAAUAUUGUUAACUAAUUAUAUUUUAAUAUAAAACACACUUUGCUAAUACUAUAAUAUUUGUAUCGGUGACUUGCUCUGUCAGAAUACAUUCAUCACAACAGAAAGUUAAGCAUUGCUGUCAUUGUCGGCUUUUAUUUUAUGUAUUAUAAAGAAUAAAAUGUUACCAGUAGGUCAACUAUAUAUCUAGACAGAGUAUAUAAUCUCUAAUCCCCCCCACCCCACCCUCCUCACCCCUUACUUUAUGGAAGGCCCCAUAUUGAUAUUUAUUCCUCAAUAAAUUAUUGAAAGAAUAGGUAGGGGUCUAUAUAAGUUUGGAUUUAAAGUGAGAUUAGUGGUGAUAUGAAAGAAUAAUGUUUUAUGUCAACCAUCUCAGCUGUCAAUACUAUUACGAUCGACACAUUUCAACUUUAACCCACUUGGGGACCUUGGUGGCAAUUUAAUUAUUAUGCUGGAACAUGUAUUUACAUUUUUUAAAGGGAGGUGGCAGUAAUAGUCAUUAAAAAGGCAAUAUAAAACUUUGUAGGUGCUCACAUGGGGCGCGGGACAAAAGAGGUUGGGUUAUACUGCUGUAGCUAUUAUCUAUUUCAAAUAUCUUUAUCUUUUUAUCUAGUCAAGGGUUUUAAAACUUUUUUUCAGUGUCACAACGCCACUAAAUUUCAAAACAUCUCUUGAACGUCCAUUUCAAUUUCAAAACAUAUCCCCCCCCCCAUACGAUAAAUAAUAACAAAAAUGAAAAAGAAAACAGCUUUUAGGGCCUGCCCGCACACCCAGACACUGCCUCCUGCACCCCAGGGGGUUCUGGUACCCUUGGUUAAGACCCCCCUAAUCCAACCCGUGGCUCGCAAACCAAAAUGGUUUUAAAAUGAUUUUAAAGAAAUGUUCAAUUUUAAUGAUCUAAUAAAUUUUUUUGAAAGUUUGAUAAUAUGGCAUCUAUUUUCUGAAUAAGUAGUGGAACACGCUAUGCUUAGAUAAAUAGUGGAUCAGGAUUUGUUUAGAUAAAUUCCUGCCAAACCCAAUCAGAGCCUGGACCAAGCUUCCAAAAGGAACAGUUGAGGCGACAACAUUUGACACAUUUACGUCAAUUGCCUCCAGCCUUCCAACCCCCAGUUUCUGCUACCCUAGCUGAGUGGCCCUUGCAAUCAGUGAAAUAUCAGGCACAGAAACAUGGUAAAAACCCUCUUUAUAAAUUAGACUCAGAAUGAUCAUUAUAGUGAUCAUGGACACUUCACAUAUAGAAGAAGAAGAUAUGUCUAAAUAAAUAAACAAGAUAUUUUAAGAAAGAUAGAGAAACAAGAUGUGUAUAAUAGAUAAAUAGUGAACAAGAUAUGUUUAGGCCUAUGUAGAGAAACAAGAUAUGGUUAGAUAAAUAAUGAAGUAAGAUUUGUUUAGGCUUGAAAAAAAAAAGACAGAACAAUUAAAAAGAUGCUGCGGUCAAAUGCCUUCUUCAGUUAACAAUACAAAACUAGAAAGAAAACAUUUUUUUAGCUCUUUCAAUUUCUGUGUAGAAAAAUACUGUCUAUUUUAUGUGUAUUAAUUUUUUUUUGUAGUAUCUUGGUCGUGUGUCACUAAGUAGGCCUAUAUCUAAAAUCUUGUUAUGACUUAACAAAGUAGAAAGGUUGGUAACUUAUGAUCUAAUCAGUGAUUAAAAAUACAAUUAGGCUACUGUAUAGAUUUACUGUUAUUUAAUAUUUCUAAAUUAUUGUGUUAUAGAAAACAUCUAACCUCCACCAUAUUGUUUAAUAUUAAAAGUAUAAAUAGAACAUAUUUAUUUGAAAUUGUCCAUUUAGUUUUCAUCAUCAUCAUGUCCCUUAGUCCUUGGACCUUGGGGCGCCACAGAUGACAUGUGAACUAUCCUCCUCCAUUCCUCUCUGUUUUCUGCACUUCGCGAAGCAUCACAUAAUUUUAGCCCCUUCCACUCUUUGAUGUUAUCUUCCCAUGCUUUUCUCUCGUUAUUCCUCUUCUUCUCCCUCCUCUCGUUGUGCCCUGCAUUUUCAUUUAGUUUUAGCAAAUGAAUUUGACGUUUGAGGAAACGCUUCUUAAAUUAACAUGUCA